CACUCGGCACGAGCGGACGUACAUACGGCGGUCGUUUGCGCGUAGACAGGAUUUCGAGUUUUCCUUUCUUUUUCUCGGUUUCGGGAGGGAAAGCAUUUCCUGCUUUCUCUGCUUUAUUGGUUUGGAAUUUUCUUCCAGUUUUCCCUAUGCGUUCUAGUUUGCAUUACGUUGGGUCGAUCGAAGAUGUGUGAAUUUUUCGUUCUUUUGCUGAUGAACAAUUUUCUAGGAGCUGGCGGUGAGGAAAUUCUUGUUUUUGACGAAGGAAAAAUCAGUUAAAAGGAAAAAAGUGUGCCUUUAGUGAUAUGAGAAAUUGCAAAACAAAAGCUUAAAUGCGACGAAUAAUUUGAAAAGUGGUAAAUACAUAUAUAUAAAUGGAAGAUAGGAACACAGUAAACAACUUCCUGAUAACAUGAAUAACAAUGUUUAGUCUACUUGAAGUUGUAAAAUCUAUUUUAAAUUACAAAGUUGAUGAAUGAAAAAUGGUGGUACUAAACUGAUAGCCAUACAGUAAGGUAAUCUCCGCCGCUUGUUUGUUUGUGAUACCAGACCGAGUCUCAAGUGGUAUCCUUUCUUUAUCUAAUAGUGAAGGAGAUAUCAGUUCAUCCUCGCCCGCCUUUCAAGCAAAUAAUCGUUCUCCACCCGUUCGCGCACCAUCACAGGAAACCCCCAGCCAACAGUAGUGGAAUCCUGACAAAGUCCCAAUCAUUCCAGACGAUUGUUUGUGCACCCGACGCAUCAUCGGAAGCCGAUAGUCACACAUUGCGAAUCGUGAGGCGGUUUCGUUCCUGAACCACGAGAAAGUACAAUCGUCAACAAAUCCACCACGCGCUUCCUGCCAAGUACGGCACGGCAGUGAUAAAGCAGCCAUUGUGCGAAGGAUUCUUUGGUAAACAGCGCGCAGCUGCCGGUGCAAACAAUCCAAUCAAAGCGCACACCCACCCGGUGCAGGCCCAGAAGAAAGGACAUUCAAGGGGGACACAAUCAUUUUUUGGGAAUAACGAUGCUUGUUUAGUUAUUUUCGGUCGAUGAUUGUGGAGUUAACGAUUAGGGGGAUGUUAGUCUGGUAAUAGGGUAAUAUUUGAUCGUGUUGAAAGCAGCCUUCGUUUGACACCUGGAAUUGGAUAGGCAAGAUGAAGGAUAAUAAGCGGUUUUAUAUAGCCAGACCUUGGAAAAUGGAUCACGGUGCCGUGGACGAUGAAGCACCUAUAGAUCCCCGACUCAAGAACCGCACAUUCCCCGAGGACCCAGAAUAUGAAGGUCAUCGAGCGCACACGGUUUAUGUCGGUGUCCACAUACCGGGUUCAUCGAGGCGCCACUCGCAAAGGCGUCGUCACAAGCAUCACCAGCAGAGCAAGGACAGCGGCGACAAGAGCUCCGCCAGUACCGAGUCCGACCGACCAGCUAUCCCUAAGCCUCACGUUGUCACACAGCGGAGAAUCAGCGUCGUUGAUGACGGGGAGACUUUAACGCCACCCGCACAAAGAGUCCAGUUCAUUCUCGGCGGCGAAGUCGGUGACGACGGAAAUCAUGAGUCACACCCCCUUUUCUCCGAAAUGGAGGAGCUGGUCAAGGAAGGCGACGAGAUGGCCUGGAAGGAAACCGCCCGGUGGGUUAAGUUCGAAGAGGACGUCGAAGAGGGUGGAAACCGGUGGUCGAAGCCGCACGUGGCGACCCUCUCGUUACAUUCCCUUUUCGAGCUGCGAAGUCUGCUGCUGAACGGUACCGUCAUACUGGAUAUGGAAGCCGUCAGCUUGGACCAGAUCGCCGAACUGGUCUGUGAGAAUAUGGUCAAUGCUGGCACGUUGCCCAUGGAAGCGCGCGACAAGGUUAUCGACGCGCUUCUCAAACGACACAAACAUCAGCACGAGUUCGGCAGUAAGAAAACCAGACUGCCACUGAUCCGAUCGCUGGCCGAUAUUGGCAAGAAUCACUCCAGCUCCAAGAGUGACAUAUCACCAACGCCGUCCCAUGGUGGCACUAGUUUGGCGCCCGCUUGCGGUUCCACUUCAGCUGUCUCCGGUUCGGGCCUUGGAGUCACCACAUGGUACCAUGCCGGUGCAUCCAGUUCAACGCCGGCGGCAACAGCAUCGUUUCCUCUGUCCACGUCGAUGGCACCUUCGGCGACAACGGCCACAGUCAUUCCGUUAUCAUCAAGAGUUGACGAUCAUCACCAGCAUCAGCAUAGCUUACAUUCCGCCUCCCAGCCGGUCUUGAAAAGUGCCAGCAAUAGUAGUAAUAUUAACGCAACCCUCCCAACGACCCGGUCCGGCGGUAACAAUAAUGGAAAACAUUUGGCCGUACCUGGAAAAGCCACCGGGGAAAACCUUAUUCAAAGCCCCAGCAGCAUCUCGAUGGCCCGCAACACCAGCUCCGGUGAGCUGCAGAAUGGCGAACACAAAUCCAACACGAAUUUCAUGCGAAAAAUUCCACCGGGUGCCGAGGCCAGCAAUAUUUUGGUAGGAGAGGUGGAUUUCCUCGACAAGACGCUGGCUGCUUUUCUUCGCCUGAACAACGCAGCUGUGAUGGGUGAUUUGACUGAAGUCCCUGUGCCAACUAGAUUUAUCUUCAUUUUGCUGGGUCCACCGGGAAGCCAUGGAAGCUUCCAUGAAAUUGGCCGUGCCAUGGCGACUCUCAUGUCGGAUGAGAUUUUCCACGAAGUCGCAUAUCGUGCCAAGAAGCGAGAGCACCUUCUAGCGGGCGUCGAUGAGUUCCUGGACGCCGUUACUGUACUACCGCCCGGCGAGUGGGAUCCAUCGAUUCGAAUAGAGCCACCAGCUGCCAUUCCAUCGCAGGAGAUCCGGAAACGACCGCCGGAGAAAAAUCCCAAGGAGGAAAUCGACGAGGAAGAGGAAGAACAACGGCAGCGCGAAGAGUCGGGCCUUUCGCGAACCGGGCGCCUAUUCGGCGGGUUAGUCAACGAUCUGAAACGAAAGAAACCUUUCUAUCUGUCCGAUUUCAAGGACGGAUUGUCGCUGCAGUGCGUGGCCUCGUGGAUCUUCCUGUACUUUGCCUGCCUGUCGCCGAUCAUUACCUUCGGAGGAUUGUUGGGCUCGGCCACUGGAAACAACAUCGCAGCUAUGGAGUCGCUGGUUUCCGGAUUUGUGUGUGGCCUUGGAUAUGGAUUCUUUUCGGGACAACCGUUGACCAUUUUGGGAUCCACCGGUCCGGUGUUGGUGUUCGAGACGAUAGUCUACGAUUUCUGCACGCGCGUCGGAUGGGAUUAUUUGACAUUCAGAUUCUGGAUCGGAACAUGGGUUACCAUCAUCCUGGUUAUCUUGGUUGCAAUCGAUGCCAGUGCUCUUGUUUGUUACAUCACCAGGUUUACCGAAGAGAACUUUGCCUGCCUUAUAGCCUUCAUCUUUAUCUACAAAGCCGUGGAAAAUGUACUGCACAUCGGAACAGACUACCCACUGAAUACGGCAGGAUCUAGGUACGAUUGCUCUUGCCUACCACCGGGAAAUCAAACCUUAUCCCCCGAAAUCAUCCACGAAUGGUCACAGUAUGACAAGAAAACCUGCGCAUUACUGAACGGAACCCUCACUGGAUACGACUGCUCUAAACCCGAAUACAUCUCCGAUGUCUUCCUGAUGUCAAUCAUAUUAUUCAUCGGAACGUACAUCAUAUCGGUUAUUCUUAAGGAUUUUAAGAAUGCGCUAUUCUUCCCAUCUAACAUCCGACAGUUCGUGAGUGAUUUCGCGGUCAUCAUUGCGAUUUUUUCGAUGACCAUACUGGACUACACGACCAACGUCCCAACUCCAAAACUGGAAGUUCCCCGCGAGUUCAAACCAACCAUUCCGGAUCGAGGCUGGCUCGUUCAGCCAUUCCACGAGAAGAACCCGAUCUGGUCACCGGUGCUGGCCGUUUUACCGGCUCUGUUGGGCACCAUCCUGAUCUUCAUGGAUCAACAAAUUACGGCUGUGAUAAUCAAUAGAAAAGAACAUAAGCUGAAGAAAGGCUGUGGCUACCAUCUGGAUCUUUUCGUGCUAGCCCUACUAAUUCAACUCUGUUCCCUCAUGGGACUACCAUGGUUCGUCGCUGCUACCGUGCUCAGUAUUAAUCAUGUCAAUUCACUCAAACAAGAAUCCGAAACGGCAGCUCCUGGCGAGAAGCCCCAGUUCCUUGGAGUUCGAGAACAGCGUGUAACCCAUAUAUUGAUCUUCUUGACGAUCGGCUGCUCGGUGCUGUUGACACCACUAUUGUCCCACAUUCCAAUGCCAGUAUUAUACGGCGUAUUUUUAUACAUGGGUGCCGCAUCGCUCAAGGGCCUCCAGUUCUUCGAUCGGCUGAUGAUUAUGCUGAUGCCCAUCAAAUACCAACCGGACUACAUGUUCUUGCGACAGGUUCCGAUCCGCCGCGUUCAUCUGUUCACAGUGAUCCAGUUGGCCUGUCUAAUCAUGCUUUGGGUUAUCAAAUCGUUCUCCUCGACGUCUAUACUUUUCCCACUGAUGUUAGUCGUCAUGAUUGGCAUUAGGAAAUCGUUGGAUCUUGUCUUUACGCGUCGGGAGCUCAAAAUUCUGGACGAUGUAAUGCCGGAAAUAACGAAGCGAGCCCACGAGGAUGACCUCCGACAGCUCGAGGAUGGCGAGGAGUCGGGCCAGCAUUCGGCGGACAAUUUGCAGCUACCGUUGGAGAAUGGAAAUCUCAAUUGCAAAGGACAGAUCAACAUAUCGGAAGAAGUGAAUCGUACCACUAUCUGGAAACAGGUCAACAACUGCAACGUGCUGUUCACUAAGAAGCAGGCCAGCAAAAACGCCCCCAAAAAAAUACACAAGCAAUCGGACCCACCGGUUAACCUCAAUAGUCAGCAAUCACAAAUACUCAGCGAGAGCAAAUCCAUGAAAACCACUGACAUCGACAAAAGACUGUCCACCAUGCGGGAAGAGGAGGAAACUAACGCGGAAGAUACCAACAACCGUCAAUUAAACCAUCAGAAACGAACGCAGAAACUGAAGCACGAGUUCUGGAUGAACUCGUCCCGGGGAGGCACCAAAACUGCCAGAAUGAAGCACGAUACCGAAUACCGGGAAGGAGCAGAUGCAUCCGAGACGCAAGUUUGAGAUCUGCAAUGAAAGUUAUUAGUUUUAUAGGGUGGAACAAGUUCCAAAUCGACUGGAAAACAAAGGCACAAAACUCAAAAAUAUUUCCAUAGGAAAAUCUGGCACUAAGAUGCGUCAUUCUAGAAUAAUAAAGAUGGUGAGCCGUGAAAUCAAGUGCUACCAGCCAGCAGUACCUCUAAGUCAAUGUUGUUGAUUCAAAAUUGUCAUCUUUUUAGGAAGGAACGUUAUUGGCUUGAAUAGCUAUUUUACCCAACUAGACAACCUUUUUAUAGGCAAGUUAGAGAUAAUCAGAUACAUAUUAGAAAGUAUGUCUCAAUUAUUGAAACGCAUUUUUGUCCAUACCUUGGCUGAUACACUUAUACCGAUAAUGUAGUGGAUAAGACUUAACCAAUUGUAAAACAUGAACCUGAUAUUUAAUUGAGAUAAUAAAUUGAUAAAACAUA